AUGGCUACCAUCUCAAUUUCUUCUCCAAGUCCAUCACAUCCGUCUACACCGAUAGAUCAUACCCAACCAACCUCUGUAAUAAGAAGAAAUACAUUAUCCAAAGUCAAAAAUUUUUUUUCAUCCAAUAAAAAUUCUACAACUAAUGACAAAAAUGAUUUAAUACAAACACAGUCCCCCAACGUUACCAUUUUUGAGAAAUCUACCAAAUUGACAAGGACAAGCAUAUCGAGAAACUCAUCCAGUAAGAUAACUAGACCGAUGACUCCUCAAAACAACGCUCCAGGUCCAACACAAAAUGAGAAACAAAUGCUUUCGCCUGUAUCUUCUAUUCAUUCCAAUUCGAACAUGACUGGAUUAGAACCUGUUCUAUCUCCCAGCACCUCAAAGUUCAAUGAUUUUCAAUCUUCGAUAAAGUUGUGUAAUAAUUCUUCAAUAAAACUUUACACUAACAAUACUGCACCAACUAAUAACGGAUACCAUAGUUCAUCUAAUUCAACGUUGGCCUCUUCAAUGAAAUCUAGUACUUCAUUAGACAAAUUGAAUCCUACUAUCUCGAAUAAAAAUGAAAAAAAAUUAAAUAAUCCACCUGGGUCAUCAAAUGUGUCAAUUUCAAAUAUAAGUAUCUUAUCAACAAAUACCGCAACUUCCAAUGUCGUUUGCAACAAAAGAUUUAUAGUAUUUGAUAAUGGUACUCAUGAACAUCAUCUAAAAAUUGCAAAAAGGCAAGAAAAAUUGUCAACAAUGUUAAAAAAUAUUAUGGGUUCACAAAAGUUAAGAAAUGAGGCGAGGUCUGCUGUGCCUGAUAUAAUAACAGAUCCGCUAAAUAACAGUAACAAGGACUCACCAGCAACCAAAUCGUGCACUGCAACCAAUUGUCCACCAACAUUGAUGUCGGGGUUCGUUAAGCAAAUGGAAAAUAAUAUUAUUGAUGGACUUCAUACUCCUUCAUCUAAUAAUAAUUACAACAAUAAUAACAAUCUAACUCACAAACAGAAUCCACAUUCCUUUAGUGAGUCCGCAAAAAAACCAGUUGCUGUCUCAAAACAAAAGGAUUCAUUAUCCUUUGUAGAAAAAUAUGGACAUUGCCAAGAAGUUCUUGGGAAAGGUGCAUUUGGUGUUGUGAGAAUUUGUCAUAAGAAAUCUGCUAAUAAGAAGGAUUUAGAAUCACUUUAUGCAGUAAAAGAAUUUAAGAAAAGAAACAAUGAGUCUCCGGAAAAAUAUUCCAAAAGGUUGACUGCUGAAUUUUGUAUAUCGUCGUCUUUACAUCAUCCAAAUAUUGUUGCUACUUUAGAUCUUUUCCAAGAUGCCAAAGGUGAUUACUGUGAAGUUAUGGAAUAUUGUGCAGGCGGUGAUCUUUUCACAUUAAUCAUUGCGUCUGGUAAAUUAGAAUAUAUGGAGGCAGACUGCUUCUUUAAACAGUUGAUUAAAGGUGUGGUAUAUAUGCACGAUGUUGGUGUAUGUCAUAGAGAUUUAAAACCGGAAAAUUUGUUAUUAACAUCAAAUGGGAUAUUGAAAAUCACAGAUUUUGGUAACAGUGAAUGUUUCAAGAUGGCAUGGGAGAAAGAUAUAUACUUAAGUGGUGGUAUCUGUGGGUCUACUCCGUACAUUGCUCCAGAAGAAUAUACACAAGAAGAAUUUGAUCCACGUCCUGUUGAUAUUUGGGCAUGCGGUGUGAUAUAUAUGGCAAUGAGGACUGGUCGUCAGUUAUGGAAUACUGCCAAAAAGGAUGAUAAAUUUUAUUUGAAAUAUUUAAAAGCAAGAAAGGAAAAAGAUGGCUAUGAACCAAUUGAGAUUUUGAAAAGAGCAAGAUGUAGGAAUGUGAUUUAUUCAAUGUUAGAUCCUGUACCACAUAGAAGAAUCACUGGUAAACAGAUCUUAAAUAGUGAAUGGGGACGUGAAAUAAGAUGCUGUAGUGAUAAACUUCGAAAGUAA